GUACAGCGGUUCAGGCAAACAUCUACAGAGAUAAUUUCCAAGUACCAAGAUAACUUAAUCAGCAAAUUUGCUACAUUUAAGUGUGCCGGCUACACGAAUAAAACAAAUGAAUCUUGGUGUUACAAAGCUCACAAUAAAUUAUGCGGAAUGUUGUAGAAAAUAUUUGUUUAUAGUUUUAUGCCUUAAAUUUUUUUUUUUUUCAAUUCAAUAUUUACAUUUCUAGAAAAAAAAAUAUAUAAAACAAAAUUUUUAAUAUUAUAAAAAAAAACGUAAUAGGUAUCUAUUUCGUUCUUCAAUGCUUGACUCCGUUUAGUAAACAUUACAGCAGAAAUACUUUCUUUCUCAACGGGGCCUCAGAUUGAAUUGUAAAAUGUUCAUUGAAGAAUACUCUUCUAAUGAAUUCAUCUUUGUAAUUUCUGAACAAUUUAUUUGAAUCUAUAAGAUUAUGUCGCAAUAUAUAUGAUUUAGUAAUCCAGGACUGCUGUGAAUAUGAUUUUAUGACAUCAAGAGAAUCAAACAGACGCAAUGGCGUAUCAAACAUUCCGCCAAGAGUACAUGCAGAUGCCAGUAGUUACCAGAGCAUACACUACGGCAUGUGUAAUUACAACUCUUGCCGUUCAACUGGACCUUGUAUCACCAUUUCAGCUUUAUUUCAAUCCUAUUUUAAUUGCUAAGCAGUACCAGCUAUGGCGUCUUGUAACGACAUUUUUAUUUUUUGGGACUGUGGGAUUCAACUUUCUCUUCAACAUGAUAUUCACGUAUCGAUACUGCCGCAUGCUCGAAGAAGGAUCUUUCAGAGGUCGAACAGCUGAUUUCGUCAUGAUGUUCCUGUUUGGUGGUUUGCUUAUGAUUAUAUUUGCCUUCUUUGUAAAUUUAUUGUUUUUGGGACAAGCAUUCACCAUCAUGCUUGUUUACGUGUGGUCUAGAAGAAAUCCAUUUCUCAGGAUGAACUUUUUUGGAUUGCUCAACUUUCACGCGCCGUACUUGCCCUGGGUGCUUCUCGGCUUCUCCGUGUUGCUGGGCAACACCAUCUGGGUGGACCUGAUGGGCAUGGCCGUGGGACACAUCUACUACUUCAUCGAGGAUGUGUUCCCCAACCAGACCGGGGGCUUCAAGCUGCUCCGCACCCCGCAGAUACUGAAGACGCUGUUCGAUGGGCCCUCGCACGACCCCGACUACACCCCGCUGCCGGAGGACAGGCCCGGGGGCUUCAACUGGGGCGACCGGCCGAACCAGCCCAACGAGCAGUGACCGUGUCGCAGCGACAGACGAGGACACGUCUACGCGCCCGGCACGCGACGCUAAAGAAACUUGCACAAAACAUACGUUAAUUUUAGUCCAGAAAUUUUACUGUGCAUGUCACUCAGCACUAUCGGCCACUAACCGUGCUCCCUGCGAAAGUUAAAGGAUUUUACCGCCGUGCGUUUGUUUUCUUCUGGAUGAUCAUCUAAUUGAUAACUAGCGAUUGUUCCAGGUGUGUGGUCAACGAGUCAUGGUUACGUAGUGUUAAGUGAUCAUGCAUGUUUUAGUUUUUAAACCCAAGGAUUAUUUUUGUGUGCGUGUGUGUGUGCAGUUAUUCAAGUUGCCAAAGACUUUUAUAAAUGUGCUGCAUAUAAAAGAAAUGGUACUGUUUUGUUUUCGAAUAAAUGUUUUCUCUAAGAA